AUGCCCUUUGAUCUGGAAUUCAUCGUUUCAGACAGCACUGAAUGGAGACAUGGAGAAAUCAUGUGUAAUGUUUUCAACACUGCAUACCUUCUCACUGUUCCUACUUCUAUUCUUAGCCUUUUGGCUUUGAGUAUUUACAGAUACAUUAAACUUAAGACCCCCCUCGAUCAUCUAAAGCUAUCACCACUGAUAACCAAGCGACGCGUCAUGGCCAUCACCAUUAUCCUUUGGAUUUACUCAAUGCUUUUCGCGCUCACCCCAGUCUUCACGUCGAAAGCUAUCGGGGAACAAAAAAGAGUCAAAAAUGGAUAUUGUCAUUUCACAUUUUCUUGGAUAUAUCUAUUU